AUGGUUUUAUUUACAGAAAAUGCCUUGGGGACGGAAACCUAUUGUAAGUCCUCCCUCCCAUCUCUCCAGUUUUGUAGGAAGGGAUGUGUGGUUCUGUGUCUCAGUGUGCAGACUUCUCUUCUUUUCAGGCAAACCAAAAUUCACAACAUUGGUGCAACCCUUGUAGGAGUUGACACUUUUGGAAACAAGUACUAUGAGAAACUACAUGACACUCAGUAUGGAAGGCAUAGGUGGGUAGAGUAUGCGGACAAGGGUCGCUACAAUGCAUCCCAAGUGCCUGCUGAAUGGCAUGGAUGGCUGCACCACAUUACAGACAGCACUGGGGAUAAGCUGCUGGAGGAGAAGACUAAAAAGUUCAUUAGGGAGCACAGACAGAACUACACCGGACAGGGUGAUGACUUGAUCUACCACUCCAAGGGGCAUGCUCUGAACCCAGGGCAAAGGGACUGGACAAGGUACCAGCCUUGGGAACCAAAGAAAGAAGAGGCCACCUGA